CCGCCGUCACUCAGCCGCACGGGCCAAUGGGAGAGGGGCUAGCCCCACCUCCUAACCUGGGCUGAGCUAGGGGCAUGCGCACUGGGCGUCCCAGCGCCGCCGCCCAUCAGCUGAGAAUUGGCCCUGGGGGCUCUGGGGCCGGAGGGUGACCCCGGCUGGAGGAGGAGGAGGAGGAGGAAGCCCUGGAGGUCGGGGUGACUGCUUAAGAAAACUGCUCAGCCCGCCAACAUCUGAUGAAAUUAGCGAAUAAGCAAAGCAGUCAUGUCUUACAUUCCAGGAAUUGGUGGCGAUCCUGCCCAGCUGGCACAGCGUAUCUCUUCCAACAUCCAGAAGAUCACACAGUGUUCUGUGGAAAUACAAAGAGCUCUGAAUCAGCUUGGAACCCCUCAAGAUUCACCUGAAUUGAGGCAACAGCUGCAACAGAAGCAGCAGUACACUAACCAACUUGCCAAAGAAACAGAUAAGUACAUUAAAGAGUUUGGAUCUCUGCCCACCACCCCCAGUGAACAGCGUCAAAGAAAAAUACAGAAAGAUCGCUUAGUGGCUGAAUUCACAACUUCACUGACAAAUUUCCAAAAGGUCCAGAGGCAAGCUGCUGAGAGAGAGAAAGAGUUUGUUGCUCGAGUAAGAGCCAGUUCCAGAGUAUCUGGUGGUUUUCCUGAGGAAAGCUCAAAAGAAAGGAAUCUUGUAUCCUGGGAAAGUCAAACUCAACCUCAAGUGCAGGUGCAGGAUGAAGAAAUUACAGAGGAUGACCUCCGCCUUAUUCAUGAGAGAGAGUCUUCCAUCAGGCAACUUGAAGCUGAUAUUAUGGAUAUUAAUGAAAUAUUUAAAGAUUUGGGAAUGAUGAUACAUGAACAAGGAGAUGUGAUAGAUAGCAUAGAAGCCAAUGUGGAAAAUGCAGAGGUACACGUUCAACAGGCAAACCAGCAGCUGUCAAGGGCAGCAGAUUAUCAGCGCAAAUCCAGAAAAACCCUGUGCAUCAUCAUUUUUGUCCUUGUCAUUGGAGCUGUGAUUAUUGGUCUCAUCAUAUGGGGAGUGCAUGGCUAAGAUUAUAAAAGAGCACACUAUUGCACUACAUUAUCUAAAUUAUGUAGGAAGAUUCCUGUAAUUAUGGGGGUUUUUUAAUUAUUAUUUUAAAGCUAUUGUGAAAAGGAUGGUUCCCAUACUUUGUUAUUUUUAUUGGGGGAGGGGGUUCCUUUGGAUUAAAUCUGAUAUUUUCUAAUGAAAGUUUUUCUAAAUGUUGCUGAUACAACUUUCAUGCUUUUCGAUUUAGUAAGUGUUAAGUUUUUGCCCAAAAUGUAUAUACUUUUCAUUUAUAAUUUAUUUACCCUGUUUGACGUAGUUUUUGGAAUUAGUAAAUUUAAAGAUGUGUGUGUUCUGUGUGCAUCUCUCUGUCACUAUGUAAUAUCCACCCAGAUAUGUGUUACUUUGAUUAAAAAAAUCUCACAUUUAAUUUUGAUUUGGUUCAGCAGAGGAAAUAUUCUCAAUAACUUAAAAAAAUUAACAUGUCCUUUUGUUUUUUUUUUCCUGGUUUACAACAGCACAAAUUAUUUCACUUUUACUGUUUUCUUUUAAAACCCUUAUUUACUCUGAAUGAAAUGAAUGAAUAACUUCUUAGUGUAUUUCAUACUCGUGAUGUGUAUAUAUUAAGCAUUGCUGUAGAUUGCUUAGUAAAAUUACUAAGGAUAGAUUGUUUUUACAUAUGGUCUAUUUAAGUCUGAUGUUUACUAGGGAAAAUGUAGUUACUAUAACUGUUUAAUGUAAUUUGGAGGAAGAGUAUGAAAAAUCAAUGACUGUUGUGUUUGGAUUCUAAAGAUCCCAACUUAUUAUUCCACUAAACUAUCUUAACAAUACUAUCUGGGUUUGCGAGCCAUUAUUUAUCUUCCCUAUGUCCUAUAGAACAAUGGUUACGUAAGUAUCUUUGGGUCAAAAUUACUUUUGGGAAGUAACUUCCUCACAAUUACUGUUUUUGAGCACCUGACACUUAAAAUUUAGUGUUUACCUUGUAUGCCCUUUUGUAUUAUAUCAUCCUUCGUUAGAAAAGCAAUUGGAUGUUUGCCAGUUGACUCACCUGCCUUUUUAAAUCAAUGUUGUUUUAAUGCACUAAUCUAAAUACUGUAAAGAGCAUUAUCUCAGUUUAUAGUUUGUAUUUUAUAAUGUUCUUAUAUAGCAGUUUGGUAGUGGAGGCAAUGUUUAACAUGGGCAAGCUCUGAGACAUCAAAUGGGAACAAAUAAACAUUAAGAAACUAAGUAAACUGUGUCUUUGCAACCAAAAUAAAGGUAAUUUAAAAGGUC